CACAUUUAUUAAUGUUAUCUUGGUAAGUUAUAAAAAUCUAUAUUCUCGUAAAGAAGGUUUUGCAUUUUUCAUUUUGGUCCCCAGAACAGAUCUGUCCAAGCCAAACUCGAGACCAAACAUGGUCAGUUGUUAUCAACUUUGACUAUUGCAUUUUAGAAACUGACAAAACACGGGAGUCAUUCAUAAUGGACUCUAGCAACGUGCUUAUUUAGCAAUACUGCAGAAGUUUUCCUAGACUUUGUACCAUGAAUACGAAAUGAAAAAGAAUCAAACGACAAAUCAAUAACACGGUACAAAACAAAGUAGAGGUCUUGACAUGAGAACCCUUUUAAGUAUUCAAGAGAGCUGCAGCCGGUAUCACGAACAUCAUCAUUUGUCAUGGACUGCUUUGACGAGAGGAGACAAGCAAAAGAAAACAACAGUGUGGACAUGCAAAUGUCACGCAUGUUAUUUUAAUGAGCUUUUGAGAAAGGAGGGGGAAAAAGAUAGAGAAACUUUUGUUGGAGGAUGAGUGGAUGGUUCAGCCUAUAGAGAAAUAGUUUUAUGACGUACAACAUCUACACAGCAGUGUUCCAUGGACUACUAUACUAGGUGUGCUCGUGUCAAGCCAAGCUACUGGCACGAGCCUCAGGGGAGCAGGUGUCUGCCGAUCACCGUGGGCCAGCUGGCGGAAUGGGCGGCCGAAGAGUGGGGCGACAGAGAAGCCCUGGUGUCCGUGCAUCAGGGAAUAAGAUGGUCCUUCAAGGAAGCCAAGGAGAAGGCAGAUGAACUUGCCGCCGGACUCAUAGCUCUGGGCCUGAAGAUGGGCGACCGGGUGGCCAUCUGGGGCUACAGCUCUAGUUACCACUACCUGGCAGCGCUCGCAGCUCCGAGAGCAGGCCUGAUACUGGCGAAGGUGGACCCCAGCAACCGGGCCUCGGAGCUGUGCCACUGCCUGAACACGGUCGGGGCCAGAGCGCUCCUGGCCGCCGAGACGGACGUCUCGCAGGACUACUACCAGAUCAUCCACAGCCUCGCGCCCGAGCUCUCGUACUGCGAGGCCGGCCGGCUGCGCAGCGAGAAGCUCCCGGAGCUGACGACCGUCAUUCUCACCGGCGACCAGCCUCCGCCGGGCGCGUACCACAUUGACGAAAUACUAGCCAUGGCUACCCCAGAAGCUUUGGAAGAGGUCAAAAAUAUGCAGAGUACUAUUCAACCUGAUCAAGGAGCUUUCAUCCACUAUACUUCGGGAACAACUGGGACGCCGAAAGGAGCCUUAUGGAGUCACCACAAUGUCGUCAAUGCGUCCUACAUCUACGGAAAAGUGCUUGGUUUUAACGAUGGUGUGCACCGACUCUUGGCUCAAAUGCAGAGCUGUCACAUUGGGACCAGCAUGACUGCCUUUGCGAGUGGCUUGCACUUCGGUUGCACGACGGUGUUCGCAGCAGCCAAGUUCGACCCCCGCUCGUCGCUGGAAGCUCUCCUCGCAGAAAGGUGUACCUUUUCGCUGGGGACACCUGUAAUGUACAUAGAUAUGAUAGCAGCUUUGCGAGAACUCAGUUUAACUAUGAGCUACCCUAGAUGUGCCAUCGUAGGAGGCACAACGAUUCCUGAAACUUUAGCUAGAGGAAUAAUUGAUGCUUUUCAACUGGAUAGAUUUAUUCCUGUUUAUGGAAUGACAGAGGGAGUACCUUUUUUCGUUUCAAGUAAGGAGGAUACACUUGAGCAAUCCAUUUCAACCAUGGGAAGGGCAGUUGAAGGUUUCGAGUUCAAAGUGGUGGAUGAGGGUGGAAAGAUGGUGCCCAUGGGCACCCCCGGAGAACUGUGGGUCAGAGGAUUCUGCGUCAUGCAAGGAUAUUGGAGGAACGAAGAGAAGACUAAGGAAACCAUCACCGAGCACGGAUGGUUAAGGACUGGGGAUCAAGUCAUGCUGAGUGAAGACGGCUACGGACAAAUCGUUGGCAGGAUCAAAGACAUGGUGAUUAGAGGAGGGGAUAAUAUAUUUCCUAAAGAAAUCGAAGACUUUUAUCUCACUCAUCCAGAAGUUGCAGAUGUACAGGCAUUUGGCGUUCCAGAUCCACGUUGGGGCGAAGAAGUCUGUGUUUACAUCCGACCAAUAGAUAAAGCAGAUCUCAGUGAAAAAGACAUGAAGGAGUUCUGUGUCGGUAAGGUUGCUGACUUCAGGAUUCCGAGAUAUAUUCGUUUCAUGCAAGACUUCCCUCGUAGCAUGACAGGUAAAGUAAACAAGAGGAAAAUGAGAGAAGAGUUCCUGAAGGAUCCCGAAUUCCUAGAGACCCAACAGUCAGCAGACAAUUAAUUGAGAGAAGUUAAAGUUGGCACACUUGAAGAUUAGAUAGUAAUUUGUAUUUUUGUAUUGUAUUUAAACAUGCCUGAAUAAUGAUAUAAUGGAGAACAUUUUACAUCAGUUCACAUGUGUAGCACGAAAUACAUAUUAAACUGAAGAGGCCCAGAGAACCUCUUCGUUUAUUAAGCCUGAACGUCACGCCUCACACCUACCCCCCCCCCCCCCCUCCCCACCACACCUCUUCCCCUCCCUCCUUUCCACUCCUGGGUCUGUGACACAGCGUUUCUUUUCCCCUUCUCCCCGCGCUGCGAUGGUGGCGCCUCCAGUGGCAAGUCAAUGUGCGGCCGAGGGCCUUUUUCACCUCUAGCUCUGGUUGGGGUCGGUUGUGCGUUCGGUGGUGAUUGUCCACUCUUUCGUCUGGUCUGUAAUGUAUUUGGAUGCUUUGAUUGUCUGCGAGGUGACCGUGGAACUAGCGUAAAGUAAAUCGUGUGUUUCCAUAAUCUAACUGUAACAUUCAUUUGGCUGUCACCUUCUGAAAUUGUCUUUCGCUCCUUUCAUGGAAACACACGUCUCUUGCCGACCUGGGUGCUGCAGGAUGGUUUUGCAUUGCCAUUCUUUCUGCCUUUUUUUUUCGUGCCCUUUGUAAAGUGUGGUUUUCAUUAGCCUCCUGGUUGGCCACCCCUUCCCCUAUUUGAAUACCCGGUAUGGGGUUUCGAUCGCAGGCGCUGCUGGUUCUGUCGCACGUGUGCGAGACGUCUGUGUGCACGUCUUAAAGCCCGGGUUUUCUUGUUUUCGUGCAGCGUGCUUAAUUUCUGGAUACGUUUCCUUCCCCGACGGUCGCAAUUUACGUUGGGCCAUGCCAUGCCGAUUCCAACAUUCUAGAGGAGGAAUUUGUCCGAGCGUAGGUGCUCACUUUAACUUAGUUCAUUUAUGCUCGCGUUUAACUCGCUCAGUACUACCGCUUGUGGCGCACGAUCUACCUUCAUAAUCAGUAACUUGUUUUUGUUUUGUACUUGUGCACUUUAACCUGUACUUAUUAUUCCAAAGAAUAUAUAUACAUUUGUGUGUAUAAGGAUACUUAAUACACUAGUCUCAUGUUCCUUAUGAUCCCGUCUAUUUGUAUACUCCUUUAUGUACACCUAUAAACUAGCUGCAACAGGUUCUACUAGAAGAACUCCCCCCCCCCCCCCCCUAUCCUAUAUUGAUUAGCAGGUUGAAGCAUCCUUCAAAACAUCAAUGACAAUAUGUAAAAAUCAGCAUUUUGUGUGUCUAAUUAGCUUUUUUGACUUAGAAUCAAUAAUAAAGUAGAAACAUUGAUUUUGUGUAUUUCUUGGAAUUUUAUUUAUAAUAGAUAAACUAUUUUGA